AUCAGGAGGAAGUUUUCCUGUAGAAAAUGACUCGAAGUGACUCGAGUCAAUUUUUGAUGCGACACGGACUCGAACCUCGACUCGAAGGCUACUGACUCGGACUCGACUCACACUCGAAAAAGUAGUGACUCGCCCAUCUCUGACCAUUUGAUGAUUUUACUGAAAAGAUGAUUGAUCCUUCGCCAGAAACAUCACUCGAACUUCUUAAUGACUGUAAUCAUAUUAACGACUCACUGGUGUUGAAUGAACCAUUACAUACGGGUACAUGUCCAAAUUAUACUUUUGUCUUUGAUAAUGACCUUUUUCCCUUUUUUUAGUUCAUCCUUUUGAUAUCAAUGAACAAUUCGAUGAAAUUAAAGGUCUUUGUGCAAGUAAUGAUUCAUUUGGUGCAACAUCUGCAGAAGAUCAAAUCAUUGAAACUAUUCGAAUAACGACUAAAGCAUCUGUAUCAAUCCUGAAGAAAAGCAGAGUUUCCAUAUCGAAUCUGGUCAUUCGUUAUAACAGUUCCAAAAGUACGGUGGCUACUGCUGAUGUUGAUAACGUCGUUGUUUUCAGUAAUAUAACUUCAUCCUCACCAAUACCGAAUUUACCAUUAUUAUCAUUAAAAAUGCAAAAUAAUUUGAAUGAAUCAAUUCAGACACUAUUAUUGGUAUUAGAAAGGGAAAAACUGAAUUUCACACUGGAAAAACAAACAUUUCAACAAGAAAAGCAAAAGUUUCAGCACGAAAAAGAAAAAUUUGAAUCACUGAAACAACAAGUGACAUCGCUGAUAACACAAGAUGAUAUUAUACAUGUUAAUAUCGCCGGUGAAACAAUGGUUACCACCCGUUCAACUCUAACAUUUAUACCAAAUACAACAUUAUCGUACAUGUUCAAUGGUGAAUGGGAUCAUCGAUUAAAGAGAAAUAAUACAGACAGCAGUGGUGGUGGUUUAAUUUAUUUAAAUUAUGACCCACUAUUAUUUAGACAUCUAUUAGGUCAAUUGAGAAGAUGGACAAAUCGUAAUAGAACUGGCAAAUUUCUUUAUGCACCAACAACAUCUAUGACGAAUAAUCCAUUGGCUGAAAUUGAAGAACAGUAUAAUGAAAUGCUGAUGCAACUUGGAUUUGAAUCAUUUGUUUAUAAUGAACAUGAUGAUACAUCAACAGAUACCACAGGGAGGACAUCCGGUAUAUAUGGCUAUUCACAAGGUUUAACAGCACCGUGCGCAAGCUCUAGUGAUUGUAGUACAGAUGGUGCAAUAUGUAGUUGUAACACUGCUAAUUGUUAUAUCACUGUAUGUUGUAUGCCACAGGAUCUAGAGACAUUCGAAGAAACAAUAGUGAAAAUGGAUGAAGAUUUCAGUGUAGCUGAUAUUCUCGGUCAAUCAGCAACACAAGGUUGUCGAAAUUACGUGUUUUCAAUCGGUAAUAGAAAACUACGCAUUAUCGAUACACCUGGUGGUGGUGGUGGUGAUACACGUAGUGUCGAUGAAGAUACAAAACAUUUUGAUAAUAUUUUAUGA